UGUUGAAGGCGAUAGAGCCGGGACAGAGGCUGCAGUUGUUACACAGCAGUGGAAGAAUCACAAGCAGGAGCAGAGAGGUUUAAAACGGACAUAAAAAGACUGAGAAACUAGAGCUGCAGUGAUGAUUCCUACAUCUGCAAACUGUGCUUUACCCCUGGCAGCUGUUCUGACUGUGCUGACCUCUGUGUUGCUACUCGAGGCCGAGGCUGGAGUGGUUGGAGACUUCAACCAUGUGGAGCGCUGCAAGGACUCUCUGUACAUGGGCACUCCACCACGAGGAUACCUCAGCAACUCGUUUAGGAAGAUCUGCCAGAAGUAUGAGGACAAACCCCGGUACGUCACGCUGUACGACUCCCAUAGACACGUCCCCAUCUACUCUGCCUACACGUUCAAGAAGUCUGACGGGGAGAAGAAGGUGGACUUUCCUUGGAUGUUUGAGCCUCAGUUGGCUUCAGAAAAGAGCAGCAGCAACAUGGAGCCCUUCCCCCAGUCUCCAAGCAUGCAUAUGAACUUUGAGGACACCCAGGCCGUCCUGGAGGACUAUGCCGACGUGGUUCAGUACGAACGCGGCCAACUCAAUCCCGACGAGCAUCAGGCCGACCCUCUGGACAAAGCCUCCACCUACAGCUUGACCAAUGUGGUACCUCAGAUCAGGGAGUUCAAUUUGGGUCCCUGGGCCGAACACCAGGACCUCAUCCGCAAACGCCUCAACAACUACUGCAGAGGCAAAGCCUUUGUGGUCACUGGAGUCACCACUUCAGGCCACACGAUCCGUCGCAACAACCUGGACCGGGUGGCUGUACCAGAGUACAUGUGGUCAGCCUACUGCUGCACCGAAUUUGACCAGAAUGCACCAUACUUUGUGCGUUACAAGUUCCCUGUAUUUGGAGCUUAUGGGCUGAAUGACCGCAUCAACAACCACAUGGUGGAAGUUCCUCUAAAAAACCUGGAGAAAUUCCUCAAGGGGAGACUGGAUGUAGACAAGAACUUCCAGAUUUUCUAUAAUGAUUGUGUGCCAGACAGCUGAGGAAGAGUUGAAGGUGUGUCAGAGAUUCAGCACUUGAUUGUAGAAAGGUUUGAGUUACUUGCAGUUUGAAUUUGCAUGGAAAUAAGAUGUGCUAAUGUGUGUCAAAUUAGAUGAUACAUUGCAAGAAAUAAAAAUGUGAAAUUGA